ACCGAUUACCGCAUACUCGCAUAGUACCCAAGAUUUAUUUCUUUCUUGAUCAACUGUUCUACUACACCAUCACCGAUAACUUGAAUUCAGCUGGAAAUCUGCGAUUAGUUUAGUUUUUUCAGAAUCUGAUGCUCUUCUGUUAUCGUUGAUUGAAAUCUUGGCGCAUUCGAUUACUAGUAUGCUUUGAUCGAGCCGGAAAUUAUGUAGUGGUGGUCAGUUGUUACUUUCUUGCUAUCUUCGUAGAGGAAAUCAUUGAAGAAUGUCUGAAGUUCCUUCGUUGAUCACUUUAUGCAUAGGCGCAAUUAAAGAUGCAAUCCUUGAAGAAAAUGGCAAUUUACCUUUUGUUUACAAACUUCCUGCGGAAUUGUUUGAUCAGCUCUUACCGAACUUACCUCCUCUUGCACUGCAGAAUCUACAGGAAGCCAUACCAUCGAUUAGCUCUACUGAUCAGGGUUUUGCUGAUGAUUGCUUAAAACCUUCAAGAAAACGGAAAAGAUUCGAGAACUUUGAUAUAGCAUGGAAAGCCCUAUAUGAAUCAAGAUGGUCAGAUGUUCAGAAGUUCACAGUGGAUUCCUUACCAGAAGAUGUUCAACUUCAACAGGAUGAGUCAACCACCAACUGGCAGCAGAUUUAUUGGGAAAGACAUCUGCAAAAUUGCCUUGAUGCAGUAGCUGAGUUGGUUUCCAUCACCCUGUUUGAUGGCUUUCUUGGUGAAGUUGAAAUUUCAGAUGCAUUGUUAAAGUCUAUUACAUACGAGAGGCGCCUGAGCAUGCCAAAAAGCUAUCUAAAAUUAGAAUAUCAUUGUGAAAGAUUUGGUCUAUAUGCCAGAUGUUUGAGACUCCGUAAUGUCCAUUGUGUUGCAGAAAUUGGUCAUUUAUUGAGGAAAAGUCGGUUGGAAUAUUUGGAAACACACUGGAUCAAGUCAAAGGAGCAGGUUGCUGGACUCUGUAAACUUCUGGAGCAAAACAAAGACACUCUGUCAACACUUGAAUUUCUCAAUUGCAAGCUUCCUGCAUCUCUUGUCACUGCAAUUUGUGAUUCACUCUGCGUGAAGGGAUUUGAAACAAAUGUGAUUAAAAACUUCUCAAUUAAAAGAUCAAGCUUUCUUGACAGCUCAUAUUUUCCAUUACCUCUUGGUUUGGAAUCAUUAUUAUCAGCAGCAAGUGGUUUGACUAAAUUGAGCCUCUCUGAUAGUCACAUAUGGUGGAAAACUGCAAAAAUGUUGUUUGAUACCCUUCUUGACACCGAAUCCGGUUUACAAGUUUUGGAUCUCUCAGAAAACUGUAUUGCGGGUUGGCUUUCCCAUUUCAAAUGGGGAUCACCAAAUUGUAUCAAACCACAUAUAAAAAUCAACAAAUCCCUCCCCUCAUUACGUGUACUCAAUCUCAGAAGCUGCAAUUUACAGAAAUCCGAUGUAGAUUGCCUUAAAAAUGUGAUGACUUAUAUGCCAAAUCUAGAGGUCUUAAAUUUAAGCGAAAAUCAAUUACAAGAUGAAGGGAUCAAAGUCUUGAUUCUAUGUUUGGUUGAAAAAUCCAAGUGUCCUACUCCCCUUGCUGAGCUGUACUUGGAACACUGUGAGCUUUCGUGUAUGGGAGCAAGUCAACUUUUAAAAUUUCUUGAAUCAUUAAAAACCCCUCUUAAAUCUCUAUCACUUGGAUAUAAUUAUCUAAGCAGCAACUUCGGCCCAUUUUUGGGGAAAUUCUUACUUUCGGGUAUCCAAGAGAUUGAUAUUAAAGGAAUCGGAUUAGGUUCUGGUUUUUCAGAUGCACAACAAGAAAUUACACAAGAGAUAAGUCUUGUUCGCAUCAAUAUAAGUGAUAACUCGGGUGGAGUGGGAACAGCGAAUCUUUUGUCAAAGUUGAUUUCAGAGGCUCCAAAUCUUGUUUCAAUCAAUGCAAGUGAUAAUUGGAUACCAAUUGAGUCAUUUCCAGCUAUAUGCUCAUGCUUGAAAGCCUCAAAAGGGAAACUCGAGCAUUUAGACUUGAGGCAGAAUCCAUUAUGCAACAAACCGAAUAUUGCUUCUCUACUAGCUGAAUUUCAAGUAAAUGGAAAACCGGAUAUGGUAGUUUUUGCUGUUGUUUUCAUUUCAUGUGGGUGGGCCCUGGUUUUAAGCUUUUGA